AUGUUCAAGCCCUCACAGCCCAUGAUGGCGCGACUGCGCCUGACAACCAAGCAGAUCAAUGGCGGCUACUACAAGGGUAACCGGACCGGCUCGAUGGGUUACUUCGCGAAAAACGGCUCUUAUGUGAUCGACUGGAAAAAAGUCCGCACUUACGUCGUCCCCGAGAACUUGGAUCAGUUCAAGCUCACGCCCUUCGUGACGAAACGUAUGCCUCCGACGAAAUCCAAAUACACAAACGAGGUCGAGAGGAGGGGAAGGACCAUGACGAUUGAGCGGGCUUUCGGAGGCAAGGACUACCUUGAUAUGUGGGCAUCGGACAAUGGUCAGGAAGUUCUGGAGCAGGAGCGCCUGGAAUCGGAGGCUGCAGAGAAGGCCGCGGAGAAAUCGAAUUCGACCAAGCCUACUCAAUAUCUCUGCAUUGUGGCGUGCCCUUCUCACCUGUCCGAUCGAGUCUUGUCGACCGACUUUCAACCCCAGCGUGAUCCCGACGCCACUAUGUUCCAGUCAUUUACGGGGAACUCCCGCCGUCCACGGCAGGUUAACCUCGGUGGCCGCAAUACGAACCCUUUCGCCGCAUAUCCCUCCGGCCGGCAAAAUCCCCACGGCGCCGGUCCCCAGAAUACUCUCGCCAUUGCCCAACAAGAACGGCUUGUGAGACAGCAAGAAAGAGAGCGGUUGACGUCCAGCCGGCUCAUCCAACGCACAUGGAGGGGUUAUCGGAGCCGGAAGAUAACGCGCAGGACAUGGCGCACGGAGUGGGAUACCACGGAGAGGCAGGGCAACGAGGACUCCCUCUCGUUUGAGGCCCUCGCCCAACGUCCAGAUGUAGUUCUGCAGCAGUGUCUCCGAUACGGCACGGCCACGGAGUGCUUAUCACAGCUGCGUUUGCUGGUCCAAUUUCUGGAACCGUGGAACAGUGGUGAUGUUGCCCGCUUGGUAUAUUUCUCGGAGGCUUUUCAAAGAACUUUGCGAGAAGUGCCUACGAUCGCGACCGAAGGGGAAUGGACCACGCCACUGAAGCGCCUGGCAAAUCUGACCCUUCGUGUUCUGCGGUCUGCGAUGUCGUCAACGGUGCCGGUUUUCGCCGUUGGGCAUCUUCUCCGGCUGCUCGUCUUUCUCAUGGGCCUUAUACCAAAGCAAAUGGCACGGCUAGCCAAAAGCUACUAUUCCGUCAUGGCGAUGUUCACGAAAGACUUUGGAUCGAUGUCUCAACGAUAUCAGUUAUCCCAGGAUGGCCUUGUUCAGUGUGUCCUUGCUUUGCUUCGACCCAUUACUUCCGAGACUCUCACGGCCUACGAGUGGUUCGCAAGAAGUUAUUUAACGAUUCCCAACCUGUUGGAAUACAUAGGAAGCUUGGAUGGCAUAUCAAACAAUAUCAAUUACAAGUUGCUAACCUCUGCCUUGGGAUCGUUACGAACACUGCUCGAAGAUUACCCUAGGAGUUCCGAGGACGUGGAUGCCCGUCUUUGGCUGCUUGCUUACUUCAUCUUCUUCCACCGAUGCGCUUUGGGGAAUCAGACAGGCCGCCAGGCACCAGAACCUGGUUUUGUCAAGGUGGUAUCGAAAUUGCUCAACUCCACCGCUGUGCACGUAUCGCGCCGUCUAGAGUCGGAAGACUCCAACGAGUAUGAUGAUACUCCCGAACGAACACCGUUGCACCCUUUUGUCAAGGAUCAGCUAGUCAGUCUCGUCAAUCAGAGUAGCAUCACGGGGCUUCUUUCACGGCUACAAUCGACCCGCCUUUCUCAAGGCGACCUGGCAGAUGCCCAGUCUGAUGCAUCUAGAGAAGCGAAAGUUCUUGCUACUUAUGCCCUGACCCUCCUGAGAGUUUUUCCUCGCCGGGGUGAUGAUAUCCGGAUGUGGUUGUACCUGGGGUCGGCUACUUCAGGCGACCAGACCGCAGGUCAGUCAGGCUCAAGAAUUCCGGCUAUCAAGUAUUUCUGGCAAGCAUCCAGGGCCAGUAAAAUAUUUGCUGCCAUCAGUCAUGAUUCUACCAAGGUGUUGCCCCUACUGAAACCGGCCCAAGACGCUCAGGGUGCUAGUCCGGGAAUAUCCCAGUUUGACAGGGAUGAAGAAUGGACAAUUAUACUGCUAUUCCUCGAGCUCUACACGUUCGUCCUGAAAGUAAUGGAUGAUGAAGAGUUCUUUUCUAGCGAGUCUUCUUUCACAGCCUCAUCAAAUGCAAGAGUUUCGUGGACCAAGGAGAGCGCUUUACCCCUGAGAGAUAUCAGGGAAAUGACGGUCUUCCUCAAAAACCUAGGCUUCACCCUGUACUGGAAUUCGGCGGACCUCAGCGAAAAGGAAAUUACUCAAGACACUGGAGGUAUUCGAAGUUAUUUCAACUCAACUACCGCGCCAUCAGAUACCAUUGCAAGUGUGAGGGACAUUGAGAUGAAAAACAAAGAGAAAGGACUCCCCGGCGUCACGGGAAUUCCGCUUGACUACUUCAAGGGCUUGGUUACGGGUCUGUUGAGGAUGAUCCAUGAGCGGGAUUCGAGGCGAAAAUUCCUUCCCGAUGGGCAUUGGUUGAUGACGAGCCGUUUCGAUAUGGAAGGCUUCAUUCCUGCCGUUACAGCAGAAGAGGAGAAUAGGCACCAGCUUCAGGACGAAGACAACAAAGAGGAACACGAUGAUCUUAUACAUGAUGACUACUAUGAGCCAUCUCCAGGCCUAAUCGGGACCGGUCGCGCUCAGCAGACACUUCGGAUCGAAGCGCUGAGACGCCGCCAGCAACAGGCCGCUCGCAGGAAGCAGCUGGAGGCCGUGGCCCCUAGACUGGAGAUCCUCCGAAACAUGCCCUUUUUCAUACCGUUCCCGACGAGAGUCCAGAUAUUCCGUGAAUUCAUUUAUCGCGAUCAGAUGCGCAGAAGACAAGGGUACAUUGAACCGGAUUCCUGGCGCAUUUCCGUAGCGCAAGUCCCAAUGGGCCGCAUGAUCGAUGGCCGUCCUGCCGUGGUAGAUAUUCUGAGUCGGCACCAUGCCAAUAUCAGACGCGAGAGCAUAUUCAAGGAUGCAUUUGAUGAAUUCUACGAGCUGGGAGUGGGGUUGAAAGAGCCCAUCCAGAUUACGUUCAUUGACAAGUUCAAUACGCCAGAAGCUGGCAUCGAUGGCGGCGGUGUCACCAAGGAGUUUCUCACGAGUGUGACGAGCGAAGCCUUCAAAUCGACCAACGAUACGAACUUGUUCGAAGAGAACGACCAACACCUGCUCUACCCGAACCCAGUUGCUGUUGAGCAGCGGCGAGAGUUUCUGCGUCAGCUGGGGUUCGUCGAAAACACCCCCGAAUGGAAUGAAAACAUUCGCGACCUACUCAGGCGCUACGAGUUUCUGGGGCGAAUCAUUGGAAAGUGUAUGUACGAGGGAAUUUUGGUCGAUGUCAACUUUGCCCCGUUUUUCCUGCUCAAAUGGGCUUUGACCGGUGGGACGGGCUCGGCACAGCGCGAGACAGCCUACCGUGCCAACCUCAACGAUCUGCAAGACCUGGAUCAGGGUCUCUACCAGGGGCUGUUGCAACUGAAGAAUUAUACUGGAGAUGUGGAGGAUUUCUCGUUGAAUUUCACCAUCACCGACACCGUACCGCUUCCGGACGGGGGCAGUCGUACGACGACACGGGACCUGAAAAGCCAUGGAUCAGACAUACCUGUUACGAAUCAGAACCGACUGGUGUACAUCUCUUACAUUGCUCGCUACCGCCUUCAAGUCCAGCCUGCUCUGCAGACCAACGCUUUUCUCCAGGGACUGGGGCAGAUCAUCCAACCCUCAUGGCUAUCGAUGUUCAAUCAGACCGAGCUACAGACCCUUGUGAGUGGCGAUUCAGGAGACAUCGAUGUAGCAGACCUGAGACGCAACACGCUUUAUGGCGGAGUGUACACAAUCGGUGACGACAAAGAAGAGCACCCGACAAUCAAGUUAUUCUGGGAGGUCAUGGAGAAGAUGUCGAACGCCGAGAGACAGAAAGUGCUUCGAUUUGUAACGUCUACGCCUCGGGCUCCUUUAUUAGGUUUCAGCCACCUCAAUCCUCGAUUCAGUAUCCGGGACUCAAGCGAAGAUCAAGAGAGAUUGCCUAGCACAAGCACCUGCGUGAACCUCCUCAAGCUUCCCCGAUAUACCAACGCCGAUACCCUUCGAGAGAAGCUCUUGUAUGCGGUCAAUUCGGGAGCUGGAUUUGACCUAAGCUGA